UCACAUAUGUCUGGCUUUCCAAAAGGGAGGCGCUUGACGCCGGUAGAGGGUGGUGGGGAAAAAAAGACCGACGAACCGGGUGGAAGCCCUAAAAAGCGAACUGACGUUAUACUCCUUAAAUUGCUCUAUUUUUUACAAGUCUAUCUGGAGUGACUAAAGGUUGUUGUGCCCAGAUUCGACCCCACCACCUCUCCACGUCUCUUCAUCUGGUGUGUGUGUGUGUGUGUGUCUGUGUUUGGAUAGCACAGAGAGAGAUUGUUAGUCCUACAGUAGCGGUAUUCACUGGUUUCUCCAGACGGUCUCUCAGAGAUCCACCAUGGGUGACAUGAGUGAUCUGGACAGGCAGAUCGACCAGCUGAGGAGGUGUGAGCUCAUCAAGGAGAAUGAGGUCAAAGCCCUGUGUGCCAAAGCCAGAGAGAUUCUUGUAGAAGAGAGUAACGUACAGAGGGUGGACUCUCCGGUAACAGUGUGUGGUGACAUCCAUGGGCAGUUUUAUGACUUGAAGGAAUUGUUUAGGGUGGGAGGCGACGUUCCAGAAACAAACUACCUCUUCAUGGGAGAUUUUGUGGACAGAGGCUUUUACAGUGUCGAGACCUUUCUGUUACUACUUGCCCUGAAGGUGCGUUAUCCAGACAGAAUCACCCUGAUCCGGGGAAAUCAUGAGUCUAGACAGAUCACACAGGUGUACGGCUUUUACGACGAGUGUUUAAGAAAAUACGGUUCGGUCACGGUAUGGAGGUACUGCACAGAGAUCUUCGACUACCUGUCCCUCUCCGCCAUCAUUGACGGCAAAAUCUUCUGUGUACACGGAGGCCUGUCGCCCUCGAUCCAGACUCUGGACCAGAUCAGAACCAUCGACAGGAAGCAGGAAGUGCCUCAUGAUGGUCCCAUGUGUGAUCUUUUGUGGUCUGAUCCUGAAGACACCACAGGAUGGGGCGUCAGCCCGAGAGGUGCUGGAUAUCUGUUUGGCAGUGACGUCGUGGCCCAGUUCAACGCCGCCAACGACAUCGACAUGAUCUGCAGGGCACAUCAGCUUGUCAUGGAAGGUUACAAGUGGCACUUCAACGAGACUGUUCUCACUGUGUGGUCUGCUCCCAAUUACUGCUACAGAUGUGGUAAUGUGGCGGCAAUCUUGGAGCUUGACGAGCACCUGCAGAAAGAGUUCAUCAUAUUCGAAGCUGCUCCACAAGAAACGAGAGGCAUUCCCUCCAAAAAGCCAGUCGCUGACUACUUCCUGUGAGCUUCCUGCAUCCUUAGGAUGCAAGCGCUCUCAACAGGAAGUGGUGCUCUGUGUGUACUUGUAUUUCUGUUUCCCUCUCCCUGCCCAACUGUCUUAAUUGUGCUUUUUUUUUAAUUUCUAUUUUCCAUCCACUUUCACAUUCUCUUUGCCAUCAAGACACACAUUGGCAUUAUAUUCUCAUCCACUGCUGUGAAAUCUCUCGCUCUCAGACUCAUCGUAUGCUGUAGAUGUAGACGUUUAUUAUGUAUGUGAAUAGCAGUAGGGACAGUAGAAGAGUGAGACCGCUGGUUUCACAUGGCAUUUCUCCUGGUACUCAGAAAGCUGCAUCUUGAAAUGGCAGGUUGUUGGACAUUUUAUUUUCAUUUUCUUUCUUUACACUCUCUUCUCGUGUAAAUGUGUUCGAGAAUGGAUAUGCUUUGAUUCUAGUUUACAGUCUACUGUUUUCACCGGGGUCAUCAUAGUUUCACAGCUUUUGAGUUUUGUGCAGGAAACCACUGCAGAUGCUGAGCGCCCAACUCUGUGGAAAUAUAUGGACAUUAACUACACUGGAAAACAUCAACACGACACACACAAACCAAACUGGAGUUAGAAAAUGUGCUUUUCCCUCUCGACUGUUCUCUCUAUAGGACUUAUUGUUGAUUUUUAUUUUUAAUUUGUGAAAAUAAAAUGUACUUUUGUAUGAAUUUAA